AUGGCGGAACCGUCCAGCACGACUGUGUCUGUGCUCACUUCAGUCACUGCUGCAAUUCACUCUUCAAAUUCACUCGCCAAGGUCGUCGAUGACUUCAACGAUGACGAUACAACUCUGAGUCGCUUGCGGCCUGAGCUCGAGGACCUAAUAGAAGUACUAAACAAACUACAAGAGCCCAUCAACCUGGAACAUCCGAUUAUGAAUCUUUUGGCAAGUCCUGUUGUUCGAUGCAAUCAGCUAUGCACCAAGUUUGAAAAUUCCAUGAGGGAGUUUGACGCUGAGUCAAAAGCAAGCUUUUUGGACUGGUCUAGAAUGGAGUUCAUGAAGGGUAACAUCACUGACUUCAUGGACAUUCUGUCAAGCUACAAAGGGACGGUAUCGGUUGGCUUGGGUGCGAUCAUCAUGCAAACAUUAAAUGUUCCCCAGCAGUUCCUUGAAGAACACGAAAAGAAAAUCAAGAGAACUACUCGCACACUCCAAAUUCAGUUGCAUCGAAUUGACGAGAAGCUAGCGCUGCUCAUGCCGAAUGGUACAGAGAGCAGCAGUGCUCCUGACACGUCGGCAGAUUUGCAGGAUGAGAGAGCUGUGACCGAGCAAUGUUUGCUUAUUUGUCAGAAUGCGAAGUCCCACCUUCAGUCGUUGACGGACCAAGAAGAGUCCCCCAAGCGACAAAUGGCAAUCAAGGACGGUCAUAGCCGACUUGAGACUCAUGUGUCAACUUGCAAAACGCUUGGGCACAGCCGAGAUCGUCUCUUGGAAACAAUCGGGCAACUGAAGGGGCGCUUAGAUUCCUCGGAUGUAGACGGAACGCCUCAAAACCAGCGCCAAAGGUCGUUAUGGGAGACCGACCUAAGGAAUUUAAGAGAAGUGAUGGAGGGGGUCAAGAUGGCUUCCGAAGUACUCGCUCAAAGGAAGAUAUACAGUGGUGGGGAAUUGGAGGCAGAUGUGGACAGCGAUCAGGUAUUGAUAACAACCCAAGCGGACCUGUUUGAAAUUAAGAAAGGCAAGUCCACAAACAGAUCAGCGCAGUGGGUCGGAUCGUCCUCGGAUGACACAGCGCAACAAAUCGCCAAGCAUCGUUACGGCAGUCGCUUCGGAGUCAUGAAAACUAUCGAGGCUCCCGCUGCUUUCCGAGAAGUUAGUAGUCCCCCUGUACACCGACAAGAUGUGGAUAGACAUUCGGCAGCGAGAGAGGCAACAUCGCGACAACCUGAGCCGAACGUGACGAGAAAACGUGGUUCUGGAACAGGCAAUGGGAAUGCCAACCGAUGA